CCACCCCUACACCGUCUCAACCCUUUCUCUCUCACACACAGUAGACAUAUAAAAGUGCAGUAGAUAUUCUUUGGGGGAUUUCACAGUUGAUAGGAGCCCACUAUUAGUCUAAUAUCCCAGUCAUGGAGGAGGGAUACAGAAUUGACCUGGACUACAUCACGGAGCGCAUCAUCACCGUAUCCUUCCCCCAGGCAUGCCCAGACCAGACCUACCUCCAGCACCUGCGUGACAUCACACAGAUGCUCAAAUCCAAACAUGGCCACAACUACAUGGUGAUCAACCUCUCAGAGAAGAAUGAUAGCCUGACCCAGAUGAACCCCAAGGUGUUGGACACGGGCUGGCUAGACCUGCUGGCCCCGUCCAUGGAACAGAUGUAUGGUGUGUGUAAGAUCAUGGAUAACUGGCUCCACUCACACACACAGCAUGUUCUGGUCAUGCACUGUCAGGGUGGUCAAGGCAGAGUCGGGGUGAUGGUGGCCUCCUACAUCCACUUCAGCAGCAUAUCAGCCAGUGCAGACCUGGGUCUAGACCACUUUGCCAUGAGAAGGUUCUACAACAACAAAGUAUCUUCCCUGAUGAAUCCCUCGCAGAAACGGUAUGUGUGGAUGUUCAGCAGCCUGCUGAGGGGAGUUAUGAACAUGGAUCCCUCUCCUCUCUUCCUCCUUUGUGUGGUUCUUCACGGCGUGCCCAACAUCAAUUCUGAGGGAGGAUGUCGUCUGUUCCUGAGAGUGUACCAGAGCCUGCAGGUCGUCUGUACUUCAGCAGUCUAUCACGUGCGAGCAGUGCAGACAGACAGGGUUUACUUUGUACUGCAACCAGCUCAACUGCUGAAGGGAGACAUAAUGGUGGUGUGUUAUAAUAAAAACCACCAGACAGCCAGCCGAGAGGUCAUCUUCAGGCUCCAGUUUCACACUGGCAUUAUCCACGGUCGCCCCCUGCUUUUCCCCAAGGAAGACCUUGACACAGCUUAUAUAGAUCCCAGGUUUCCAGACGAUGGGAAAGUUGAGUUGGUGUUCUCUGAAAGUCCUGAGAAGAUGCCAGGCAGUGGUCACUGGCAAAACGGACCCUCUGUCAUCGUGGACUACGAUACCUGGGACCCCCUGGUUCGACGGGACUCCUAUGAGUACAUCUCUCCUGAAGGACUAGCUCUGCCUCGUAUUCCGGGCCCUGUCGAUGGCAACCUAUCCGCCAGAGUAAGGAAGGGAAGUAGUGACGAAGGAGCUCCGUUUCACCUGGCAACCAGCUGCCCUAUCCCCAGUGACCUUAAACUUUCAGCCAGCAAAGACUCAGGCCUCUCUAUCGCCUCCCAGAAGACCGGAGGUAUUACUGCAGUGAGCCCCAAGAGAGGGCCCAGUCAAGACGAACUUACCCAGCUCAGGCGGCUACUAUCUGGGGUCGGCCUGGAACCUCAUCUGGAGGAUAUAACUGACCUCCCAGCCUCCUGUAACGCAACGAGUGAGAUGGAGGGGGAUGAGGCUGGGUUAGGGCAGCCUGUGAAGGCCUCUCCUAGCGAGAGGGAGUCAGACAUCCUUUAUGAUGACGAGGUUAGCCCCGAGGCUAGCAUUGGCUCGUUCUCCUCUGAGAGCAUACCUGAAGCCCAGGGAUUGGUCCAGAGUGGAAGUGGAUACUCCACCCCCUCCACCCAAUCAUGGGUGCAGCAGCAGCAGAUAGUCGUCAGGGGGCAGGACAGCCCUGUGGAAACACUUUCUCUGAUUGGUCCAAACACCUUGCCACUUCCAGACAUGCCCAAUAGGGGGAGCAGCAGCAGAGAGUCGGUGAAGAGAGGAGUGGAGGGAGGGGUGGGGUCGCCCGUACAGACAGACAGUCACACACACGCCUCACACACCACCCAUACACCGUUGCCCUCAGGGGAACCUUGCGGGCAGGAGGAGCUUGCCUCGUUAGCCACAGACAUUGAUGAGUCCAUCGAGCAGCUUAACCAGCUGAUCCUAGAUCUGGACCCCACCUUCAUACCUGUUCCCACCCGACACACACCCCUCCCCUUUGCUCUCUCCACCUCCCUCUACACCAAUGGUAACAACCAUACGAUGACACAUGCCAACGCCAGCCAAUCAGGCUGGAAGCACAGACAGGACAGUGAUGUCACUGAUUACCCAGGAUUCUGCAGUCCUGGUUGGGGCGGAGCACAGACAUUCCAGAACGCUCCGAUCUACAGGCCCAACCUACCUCCCUCCCAGUGUGGUCGUCUCUCCAGGAUGGACAGUGUGGACUAUGAAGGACAGACUCCAGUAACGGACAGCUGUGACAUAGCCCCGUCCACACCAGCAUUUCCUAUCUCUCCUCCAACGCCCUAUGUGAAAAAUUUCCCAGUGUUCUCUUAUUUGAGGCCAGGAGAAGGACAUUGGGAGAAGAGCGGAAUAUCACAAGAUUCCCAGAGUUUCCUGGACAGUAGUAUGAACCAGACUCCAGUGUCGUCGGAAGGACAGCAGUUCCGCUCUGAAAUGUCUGUCACUACCGCCUCCUGUCAGAGAAUGUUCGGAUCCAUGCGCUCUGUAUCGUCAGGCAGCUCCUUCCCACACACAGACAGCCAAACUCCACCUCCAGUGUGGCUGGACAGGACUCCUACGUCCCUGUCUUCCCCGUCCCCUUCCCCCUCUCUGUCACCCCUCAGCCUCCCCAAUGCCCACAGCUCUCCCUGGGAGGCCCCGAGGGGCCUGGAGGGGUCUGUGGACCUGAGCCGUGAUGAGAGGAGCAAGGGGUACCAGAGCCAGGGGGAUUUAGCCUCUCUACUGCUGGGGAAUGGAGGUCUGGGACUGGAGCACAGCCUGUUGAAGGCAGUGGAGGGGCUGGGGGCCCUUGAUUUAGGCCUGAACAUGGGUCUGGACCUGGGGCUUGGAGAGGGCAGACUGGGGGGACUACCACCCCUGCUGCCGGAGAAGAGGGUACCGGGACUAGGCUUGGGUGGGUCGACGUCCCCCUCGUUCAGUGGGUUCUCCAGCCCCCACAGUGGUAGUAGUCUCAGCAUCCCCUUCCCCUCAGCUAUGACCCCUGACCCUCUCAUGACCUCUGACCAUCUCAAAGGACUCAGCGCUGGUGGUGUAGCCCCCUCGCCUGGAUCAGACCUGUUUGCCAGUAAGCAGCACACUGUGAAGUUUGUUCAGGACACAUCCAAGUUCUGGUACAAGCCUGACAUCUCCAGAGAUCAAGCUAUCACUAUGCUGAAGGACAGAGAACCUGGAUCUUUUGUCGUCAGGGACAGUCACUCGUUCCGCGGAGCCUACGGAUUGGCUAUGAAGGUGGCCACACCCCCUCCCUCUGUCCUGACACAGAGCAAGAAAGUGGGAGGGGACCUGUCUAAUGAGCUGGUGAGGCACUUCCUGAUUGAGUGCACUCAGAAAGGGGUGCGGCUUAAGGGCUGUCCCAACGAACCCUACUUUGGAAGUCUGACUGCAUUGGUCUGUCAACAUUCCAUCACCCCCUUGGCCCUGCCCUGCAAACUCAUCAUCCCCGACAGAGAUCCUCUGGAAGAGACUAGUGAGCCAUCAACACAGUCAGCCACCAACUCUGCUGCUGAGCUACUCAAACAGGGAGCAGCCUGUAAUGUGUGGUUCCUGGGCUCAGCAGAGCUGGAGUCUCUCACUGGGUACCAGGCUGUGCAGAAGGCAGCCAGCCUGAUUCUGGCCAUGGACCCUCCUUCUACCUCCACUGUGGUCCACUUCAAAGUCUCAGCCCAGGGCAUCACCCUCACCGACAACCAGAGGAAGCUGUUCUUCAGGAGACACUACACUGUCAAUACAGUCAUAUUCUGUGCUCUUGACCCACAGGAACGCAAGUGGACAAGAGAUGGCUGUUCCUCUGCUAAGAUCUUUGGUUUUGUGGCGAGGAAGUCGAUGAAUGGGACGGAGAACGUGUGUCACCUGUUUGCUGAACACGACCCCGAACAACCUGCCAGCGCCAUCGUAAACUUUGUCUCCAAGGAUUCUUUUCCUGCUGUGAGAAACUGCUCCAAUGAGUUCGUGGUGAUUCUACGUACAUGUUGAAUCACCUCUGUUUGAUGACACCCAAUAGACGAUCUUCUGACCACAGCCAACAUGUGUUAUUAUUGUGUCUUCCAUCCUAGACAAAAACUCAGAUCUGUUGUCCCUUUAAAUAGAUUUUAAAACAUUUGGAAAUAUAUUUAACAUGACGCAUUAUGUUUGAAAGAAGAAUAACUCUGAGAAGACAUGAAACCAUGCAACAUGGUGAUGUGUUGCUCUUGAGAUGAGUGUUGUAGCCAUGGUAAGUAUGUGAUGAACACUACAUCCCAAAUGGCAACCUAUUCCCUAUACUGUAUAGUGCACUAAACACACUGGACACAGAUGUCAGUUUAACGUCUAAUUGUAACAGUGUCAUUGGAUUCAGGUUAAAAGUUGGAUAAGAAAAGAGCGUUGGUGUAUCCGUUCAAUACCAAGCAGUUUUACAUGUUGAGUCGACGUCAUCACAUGUAUUUAUUUUGUUGAAAUGAAUUAGAAACAAUGUUGAUUAAAACAGUUUGUGCCCAGUGGGAAGUAGUGCUCCUCUGGUCAGAGGUAGUGCACUAUAUAGGGAAUCAGGUGGCAGUUGGGAUGCAUGUUUCUGUGAUCCAUGUCUCCUACUUUUGCCCCCAAAGCAUAACUUGGGCACUCAAUUGUAAAAAUGUGCAAAUGAAUGUUGUAUAGUUGGUACUGUAACAUUAUCCUCACUAACAUAUUUUUGGAAAAUAAAAAAACAACAGUUAAUGUAUUACAUAUAUACAUUCAUCAUAUAGGGUACGGCCAUAUAAAUAUGUUGUGUUUAGAACUUCUGAAUUGAGCAAAUGUUUUUUCAUCAUCUGUUGACGAUUGUCAGACAGACAAUUGAUGAACGCAUAUAUGGUUUCAUCUGCAGUCAUAUGGCAUAUAUGGUUUCAUCUGCAGUCAUAUGGUAUAUAUGGUUUCAUCUGAAGUCAUAUGGUAUAUAUGGUUUCAUCUGCAGUCAUAUGGUAUAUAUGGUUUCAUCUGCAGUCAUAUGGUAUAUAUGGUUUCAUCUGCAGUCAUAUGGUAUAUAUGGUUUCAUCUGCAGCCAUAUGGUAUAUAUGGUUUCAUCUGCAGCCAUAUGGUAUAUAUGGUUUCAUCUGCAGUCAUAUGGUAUAUAUGGUUUCAUCUGCAGCCACACUCUGUGUGGCCAUAGUCUUUUGUGUGUUUUUUCCAGUAGAUGGCGCUGAUCAAUCACAAGAAAAUAAACAAAUGUAGGAUA